CUAACCUCUAAACAGAAGAGAGAAAACCAGCUCGUAGGAUCGGUUACGGUAGCCUUCCGCACCGAAAAAGACCGCAGACUAGCUAUCUCCCAGCGCCUAUAUAUAGCAGGAGUUAGCUACAGAGUCGAAAACCUCCUCUCUAUACCGAGAGACCAACUCUACAGAAACUACAAUAAAAAGGGACACGAGACGUCUAGGUAUACUAGACAACCUCAAUACGAUAUCUAUUCUAAACGCACGUAUAGAACAGACCAACACCAGUAUAACUAUACUGGCUGCAAAACUAAGCAAGGCUCGAGGUAUAAAAACUACGAUCUAGUCCCGCAGUAA